AUGUCGCUAGCCUCGAGAGGAACGAGAGCUGCAGCUCGUUCUCUCAGACAGACACGAAUACCUAGCCAACCUCGAAGAUAUGCCUCCGACAGCCACGGUCACGGUCAAGGUGCGCACGGUCAUGAGGAGAGUGCGCUUCAUUUAAAGCAUGCCAACCCUUCUGGCAAUGAGAGCAUGGGGCUCGGAAUGUGGAUGACGCUGGCAACUAUCCCUCUAUUCUACGUUACCUACCAACUCGCAUAUGGCUCACCCAACAACUACUUCGAACGGUUGUUUCAACAAUAUAAAGAAGGCAAAAAGUCGACGGAAGAUAGAGAUAUCCUACACGCGACAGCAUUGAGUCAAGCUAUUGCGGACCGAGCAAGAUUAUCGUCGUAUCCCAGAGAAUCUGUAGGACCAGAUCUCAAGUACCCAGAGAUGUUCAACGCUGGGUCGCCUUGGAACCAGCUGCCUGGAGAGAGCUCUGCCAACUUGAAGAAGCUGGAAGAGCAUUAUAGACAAAAGUACGCAAACGAGGAGGCUGAGAGGUUAUCCAGGACGAAGAACGGAAAGGUCGUCUCGGUGUAUGAUUAA